AUGUGGAAUUUAACAGUGUCCAAUGCUACAAAGCUAUUCUUAUGGAAGGCUGGAAACGACCUCCUACCUACCAAAGGAAACCUAUUUAAAAGGAAGAUAGUGGAAGAAAGGUCAUGUCCAAUGUGCAAUGCAGACAAUGAAACUAUAAUGCAUGCGCUUUGGACCUGUCCUGCUGCAAAUGACAUAUGGGCUGAACCAGAAAGUUUUGUUCAUAAGUGGAGCAAAAAAGAAGAAGACUUCAUGGGGUUAUGGGAAAGAAUGAUGCAGAAUUUGAAUAAGAACCAAUUGGAGGAGGUGGCUAUGAUACUCAGAAGAGUGUGGUUGCGUAGAAAUUCUUUUGUCUUUGAAAAAAAGAUGAUAUGUCCUAAAGGAGCAAUAAGGGCAGCAAAGGAAGCUUUAUUAGAAUACCAGAAUGCCCAGGUCCCUCAAACUCUGGAAAAGCAAGUUCAAAGACCUGCAAGAGAGAAGCAGAAAUGGGAAAAACUAGUGGGUGGUUUUGUAAAAGUGAACUGGGAUGCUGCCUUAGUAACAAAAAAGGAAAAAAUGGGAGUUGGCAUAGUUAUAAGGGAUGAAGAGGGAGACCCAAUGGUGGCUGUAUGUGAUCAACAGAGUCAUGUGGAAGACCCCAUGGUGGCAGAGUGCUUAGUCUUGCGCAAAGCUCUAGAAUUAUGCAUUGAUCUAAACAUCAGGCAGGCUAUAUUUGAAGGGGAUGCAAAAACUGUUAUUAUGGCAGUUAAUAGGGAAGAAGAGGAUAUGUCAAGCAUUGGUUCUGUGAUUGAAGAUGUAAAGAUUCUUUUUAAACAGAAUAGAGAAUGGAAACUGCAGUUUACACACAGAGAAAACAAUAUAGUAGCACACACUUUAGCUAGGAAUGCUUUAAGCUUGUUAGAAUAG